UUAAAUUAAAUUCUUCACAUGGAUGUUUGUUGUUGUUUUUCGUGGUGAUUGAAUGAACAUGAAUCCAUUUAUUUUUCGGAUAAAUCCAAGAUCUUUUUAGCUACACAUAGUAUUAGCAUCUCUCUCUCUCUCUCUCUCUCUCUCUCUCUUUCAUCCAUGCAUGGAACGACGUGAGUAAAAAAAUUUACCGACAUCAUACACACACACACACAUACAAUGAAUGAAUGAAUAUUUUUUUUAUGUAACAUCAACAACAUUGAUUGUAACGCCAUCCAGUAUCCAUUCCGGGAAUUUUCGUAAUUUAAAUCCGAAUUUUGAUUCAUUGUUAACAUUGCCAUCUGUUGGCCAGGAAUUGAUCAUUAAUAAUGAAUGAUUCGGUUGCAUGUGUCGUAAAUGAUCUUUUUUCUUACGUUAAAACAUAAUGGACACCGCAAAACGUUUAGCAUAUCUACAACAAUUACAAAACCUAUUGAUCAAUCAACAUCAUCAUCAUUUGGAUUCAAAUUCAAAUUCAUUGAUUAAAUUGAAUUCAUUCUAUGGUUAUCUUGGAAAAGAAAUUUCCAUGAAACAUAAUGUUCAAAUAUUAAAUUGUGAUCCAUUAAAAUUAUAUCGCUGUAAACGUUGCUAUUGUCAAUAUGAUUUUCAAUCAAUCAUUGAAAAACGAAUUUAUCGAAUGAAAACAUCAAAACGUCGAUUAUGUUUCGAAUGUCCACAAUGUUCAUAUCCACGAACGAUAAUUUUUCGACAACGAACAAAAACAAAAUGGGAAAAAUAUCUAGAUCAACAAUCACAACCAUCGACAGCACCACCACCACCACCACAACAACAACAACAACAACAAAGACCAUCAAAUCGAAAACAA